AUGCUGCCAUCAAAUAAGAGACAAAAGCUUAGUGUUCCAUCAGAUCCUCCUCAAUUGAGUGCUGUUGCUGCUAGAAGAGCUCUCCAAGGAAAAGCUCAAGCAUCGGUAAAACAAAGCGGAGAUGGCCAUGUUAAAGCCCAAACAUCGGUGACAAAGUUGGAUGCUACCGUCUCUGGUGAUGUUGAGACUGCUUUUCAAAGAAUCCCGCAAGAGGGCGUAGCCAAAGUAACUUUGGAUGCCGGAGUCGAUGUAGUACUCAAUGCUGGGAAAGAUUUGGACUUCGAUGAAGGAGGGGCAUCGUCUUUCCCAUCAUCACGUGGUGACUCUCCUGAUGAAAUUCCUGUUGAGAGGCCUUCAGUAGCUCUAUCGUCGUUUAGACCGACCCAAAGCAACUUCAAGGAGUCGAAAAAUGGAACCCUCUCCCUCCUUUUAGUUCCAGGCGAACGUUUGGUCAUACUUGGACAGUAUGAGCUAUCGGUUCGGAAGGGUCAAAUAACCCUGUUGGGCACAACUCUACAGGCAUCGGAGAAAAUGUAUAGGGUCUUUGCUCCAUCUUCUCAUGCUCUACCAGUCAUUAGAUGUCUAGCUACAGACGCCAACGAAGCAGAGAUCCACUUAAAUCAGUGCGAAAGUGGUCUGGGAUCUAUGAAAUCGCUUUCGCCUCUAUUUGGCAGACUUUGGAAUGAUGGCUCUAGGCCUUUGUGCAGCCGCUUCGAGUCUCUGUUACGGAACAAAAGAAAAAGCACAUAUCAAAUAGUACGAUCUGCCAUUAAUUUUCCAGACAAUAAGCUCAUAUCGCAGGUAUUCUCCUCCGAAGACGAGCCCCAGAAGGCAUUCUUGCAACCUUUGAUCUCUCUCCCAGAAUGGAAUAGGUUGCUAGCGAAAUUGACCGGACCGGAAAUUCAACAGACCCCGAUCACCAUGAUUUGUGGCCCUAAAUCGUCAGGCAAGUCAACAUUUGCAAGACUUUUAGCAAACAGACUACUGUCUACUUCUAUGGGUGCCACGGCAGGCACCAAGACACCGGGGGUAGCAUUAAUCGAUUUAGAUCCUGGACAACCUGAAUACUCACCACCUGGGCAAGUAUCUCUCAUACAUCUCCAGGAACCAAACUUUGGCCCGCCAUACGCCCAUCCUAGCCCCGGCUCCAAGAGCCGAGUAGUUCGCUCACAUGCCAUCGCUGCCUUGACACCUUCUAUGGAUCCAAGCCUCUACAUGGCUUGUGCCUUGGAUCUUUUCGCCCAUUACCGCAAUUUACUCUCAAGUGUUCCCCACUGCCCCUUAAUCAUCAACACCCCUGGCUGGGUAUUAGGUACAGGACUGGAAAUACUAAUGGAAUUGAUUACCAAAGUGCGACCCAAUGGGGUCAUUUAUAUGUCUGACGAAGGCCCCUGGGAGGUUGUGCAGAGUCUCAGGAGCGCAGCAAAAUUAACAUCGACACUCGUCUACACAUUGCCUUCGCAACUCAGCGAGUAUACUACUCGAACUUCGGUCCACCUGCGAACGAUGCAGACCAUGUCUUACUUUCAUCUUAAUACCACUCAUGAGCCGAAGCUAUCUUGGAACUGUACUCCGUUGACGUCUGUUCCACCAUGGGAAAUCAGCUAUGCUGGAAACAAUCCUGGAAUCCUAGGUAUCCUAUGUUAUGGCGAACAGCCGCCAGCCAAUCUCCUUGCAGAUGCAAUCAACGGCUCGUUAGUUGCAGUUGUUGUGAUAGAUGAUACAGCUGCCAUUCCAGGAUGGGAUUCCCAAGAGCGGGAUGAAGAUACCAUCGAUGAUGGCCCCGCGUCGGAAACUCCUGAUCAAGACGACAUAUCUCUCAGUCAGAAUUCAGAAAUCCAAGCAUUCGAUGCUAAUUCCAUCCACCACCGACCUGUUGCAAAACCACUCAUCACCCGAACACUCGCCGAAGACCUCCCCUAUUUCAACCCUGCAAAUGACAUAUCCCUCGACCCACAAUUCUCACAUACGAUCGGCCUUGCUCUCAUCCGUGGCAUUGAUCUCUCUCGUCGCCGGUUACAGAUCCUCACUCCUAUCCCAGCACACGACCUAAGGGAGGUCAAUGAAGCUGGAAAGCAGGUAGUCCUAGUUAGCGGGAAGCUCGACACCCCUGGAUGGGCAUACACUGAGGAGCUAUAUCAGAAAGGAUCAACUGAAAAAGAGAAGAACAAAGUUGACGAGGAUGCCGAGGAUGUUGAUGCAGAAGAUGACGAUACUAAUAUAACUACGGACAAUAAAGUUCUAGGUGCUAGUUUUGAGAAUAUACCGUGGGUUGAAAAGCUGAAAGGCUCGGAGGGACGAGGCUUGGGGGCACGGGUUUGGAGAGUGAGGAGGGAUUUGGGGAAGAUGGCCGAUGGUGGUGAUUAA